CGGUCCCGGCGGGUUAUAAGGCAGCCGCGCCACGGGCCCGGCCCCACAAAGUGCUGGCGAGCUGCGACGUGACCAACCGGCCGCGUGGGUUCCCGAACGAGCGAACGAGGCAGCUGGUGAAGGACGCGACCUGGACCCUGGGCCCUGCGGAACUCCAGCCGCGUCACGCACACGCUCGGCGCCGCGAGCCGCGCAUAACGAUAUUUGGAUUUGAACUGCAUUUUGGAAUUCAUCUACACAUAAAAUGCCACCAGCAAUUGGAGGUCCAGUUGGAUAUACUCCCCCAGAUGGAGGCUGGGGGUGGGCGGUAGUAGUUGGAGCCUUCAUUUCCAUCGGCUUCUCUUAUGCGUUUCCCAAAUCCAUUACUGUGUUCUUCAAAGAAAUUGAAGGUAUCUUCAAUGCCACCACCAGUGAAGUGUCCUGGAUAUCCUCAAUCAUGUUGGCUGUCAUGUAUGGUGGAGGUCCUAUCAGCAGUAUCCUGGUGAAUAAAUAUGGCAGUCGUCCAAUCAUGAUUGCUGGUGGCUGUUUGUCAGGCUGUGGUUUGAUUGCAGCUUCUUUCUGUAAUACCGUUCAGGAACUUUACUUGUGUGUUGGAGUCAUUGGAGGUCUUGGGCUUGCCUUCAACUUGAAUCCGGCUCUGACCAUGAUUGGCAAGUAUUUCUACAAGAGGCGACCAUUGGCAAAUGGACUGGCCAUGGCAGGCAGCCCUGUGUUUCUCUCUACUCUGGCCCCCCUCAAUCAGGCUUUCUUUGGUAUCUUUGGCUGGAGAGGAAGCUUCCUAAUUCUUGGGGGCCUCCUACUAAAUUGCUGUGUAGCUGGUGCCCUGAUGCGACCGAUAGGGCCCCCGCCAACCAACGCAGGGAAAGAUAGGUCUAAAGAAUCCCUUCAGGAUGCUGGAAAAUCUGAAGGAAAAAAGGGAGUAGGUGAUGCAAAUACAGAUCUUAUUGGAGGAAACCCCAAACAAGAGAAACGAUCAGUCUUCCAAACAAUUAAUAAAUUCCUGGACUUAUCUCUGUUCACACACAGAGGCUUUUUGCUAUACCUCUCCGGAAAUGUGCUCAUGUUUUUUGGACUAUUUACUCCUUUGGUCUUUCUCAGUAAUUAUGGCAAGAGUAAACAUUACUCUAGUGAGAAGGCUGCCUUCCUUCUUUCCAUUCUGGCUUUCGUCGAUAUGGUAGCCAGACCUUCUAUGGGACUUGUAGCCAACACAAAGUGGAUAAGACCUCGAGUUCAGUACUUUUUUGCUGCUUCUAUUAUUGCAAAUGGAGUGUGUCAUCUGCUAGCACCUUUAUCCUCCAGCUACAUUGGGUUCUGUGUCUACGCGGGAUUCUUUGGAUUUGCAUUUGGGUGGCUCAGCUCCGUAUUAUUCGAAACACUGAUGGACCUUGUUGGACCCCAGAGGUUCUCCAGCGCUGUGGGAUUGGUGACCAUUGUGGAAUGCUGUCCUGUCCUCUUGGGGCCGCCACUUUUAGGUCGUCUGAAUGACAUCUAUGGAGACUACAAAUACACAUACUGGGCGUGUGGUGUGAUCCUAAUUAUCGCAGGCAUCUAUCUCUUCAUUGGCAUGGGCAUCAAUUAUCGGCUUGUGGCGAAAGAACAGAAAGCAGAGAAGCAGCAGAAAAAGGAAAAUAAAGAGGAGGAGACCAGUGUAGAUGCUGCUGAGAAGCCAAAAGAAUACACAGCAGAAUCUGAAGAGCAGAAAGACACAGAAGGAAGUCCCAAAGAGGAGGAGAGUCCAGUCUAAACGUGUGGGGCCCAAGGGUCAAUGGAGCAGCUUGUGACCCAAGAUACCUGAAAAUGUUCUACUGGCCUGUAAUCCAGCAGUGGUGCUCAAUGCAAAUAGUGGACAUUUGUGUGGGAAAUCAUACCAGGUGUUCAGUGAUGGAAUUUUUGUUUCACUCCUUACCAGUAGCCUGAAUUUAAAAUGCCAUACCUUUGGGAAGGGAGUGGUUGGCAAAGAAUGACAGAAGGAAGUAGUAUGGGGUUUUUUUUGUUUGUUUGUUUGUUUGUUUGUUUGUUUAAAUCUUAGCUUUUACCAGUGUCCAGAAGAUUAUAAUAUGUGCCUUAAGUUUUAGUCUUUAGAACUCUUUAGGGAGCCUUAACUUUUUAAACCAUUCUGCUGAAUUCAUCUAUUUUAAGUGUUACGUUGUAAGGAAGAGUAACAACUAACUUGUUUGAGACCAAUCUAAAAUUUAAAAUUAAUCUUUGUUUCAUUGUUACUUGUAAUAUAGUGUCAUACAUCAUCACUGGAAGAUUUAUAAGUAGAAAUAUUCAUUGCAAGUUGGGAUUUUAUAAAAUCCUGACUAAAAUAUUUUCCUAGCAUCAAUAGUUGCCUGGCAUAGUGCCUGCUAGCUAUAUAUUUAGGAAAUUUAAGGCAUAAAGCUUUGGAAACAUCUUGGCCAUUCUAGACACAUUGUACUCAUCAGCACCUCUCUGGAAUCUUUUCUUGGGAUGCUAAUAUUAGUGUUUGAGAAUUGAUUUCAUUACAUUACUGUUUUCCCUUUUCAAAGAUGCAUUUUGAGUGGUUAUAGGCCAUUGCCCCCUUUGAGGUCACUUAGUAUUUUUCAGUGUAAAAGUUAAUUUUAAAAUAUGCAAAACUAUGUAUUUGUGCCUCCUUAUUAGUAAAUACAACACAUCUAAUUAAAUGCAGACAGAUAUUUCAAACAGCAGCUGAAUUCAGCUUCAGUUUUACCAAAACCUCAGUUAAACUGUGAGACUUGGAAUCUUUUUUUGUUAAUGAUUUUCCUGGAAUUUCCCCCCAUUGAUUGAUAGUGGUUCCAUUUAUAUCUGUGUCUGUCUUAGAGCUGCGUGUGAGAUAUUCAAUCUUUGUAUAUUUGGGUUUUUUUCUUUAAUGUUUGCUAAUUAAAGAAAGCCAGAGCAAUUUGGCCCCAGGCAAACAAAUAAGGAUAAGAUUUGGAGGAAAGUUGCUCCUUUUCUUUUUCUCAGGCCUGACAGAAAAUUAUGUUUUGCUUACAAUUAUUGGAUACAUUCUUACUUUCCACACAAACCUAAAGAUAUUGUGACCCUUUUUACUUACUUGAGAAGUAGAGAAAUGGGUUUAAUACAAGGAUAGGGAGGAUGGACCAGAAUGAAAACUGUAAAUAUUUUUUAACCUAAUAUCUUCUAAAAUGCGCAAGAAGAUAAUGAUAGACACUCGAUAAAUUAUAUUCCGUGAAUUUAAAAAUAUUGUAAUUGACACAGUGAAAGAAAGUAUAGGUACAAAACCUUUUGUGUAAGAGGCUGGCUUUUCCAAAUAAACUUUUUUUUUCUUUUUUUUAAGAAAUGUUUCUCCCUCCAAAUGUUUAUUUUCUUGAGAAAGUAUUAGUGUGUCUUUAUUUUCAGUAUCAAGAUCCAUUUUGGCCCUUGCUAAUAUUAAAUCAUUUAGCUUAUGUGCUGUGGGAA